AUGACGUCCGAAAUGAGUGGCAGUGCAUCUACAAUAACCCUACCCACCAAGGACAAUAUCCGAGAGUUUGAGGUCACAUCCGACUAUGUUAUUUGGUGGUCGAAGGUGCAUCGCUUUGAAUCUACGAAAUCAAAGACAAUCUCAACUGUAGGCAAGUCGUCGUCGCUUUCUCAGCCAAAAUUUCUUAAGUCUCAAGGCCACGAAGUUUCAAUUCAUGAUAAACUCACCCGUGUUCAACACCCAUCUCCGGUGGAUGUUCCUUCAACUCAAGUCCCUAAUGAUAAAGGAGAAAAAGAAAGUGUGGCAGAUUCCCAGGAAGAUUUCAUUCCCCUUGGUCAACGAAUUCGCAAUUUGAAGCGAGGGCAUAUAAGCAGCAAUGAAGAUAGUGAAGUCAACUUUAGGCAUAAGAAGACAAGCGUCGGACCUCUUUAUUGUGAUUUGGACACGGCAUACCCACUUGAUGACACAUUCUUUUGUGAUGUGCCCGCUGUUUCACAACCGGGAGAAGUAGUGCAUCAUGUCCCUACUGUGUCCGAGCUUGUACCAUUUAAUCAUUUUCCUAUCGAAGAGGAAAAUGAUGCUUUGCGCCCGAUAAGUGGUUUAGGUGUUAGCCUAAGAGGUUCGCCUGUGCAUCAACAUUUGUUAAAGCCGGCUACUCAUGCAUCAACCUCUGAAAUGUCAUGUGGGGAACCGAAAUUAGGUGUUGCAGACAAACCCUUCGCAAAGUAG